AUGAAUUUCCACAACUGUACAAUCGCUAACGAAUCUGUGGAGGAGUACCUGCAGCAUCUGCAAGACAAGACCAACCUGACGCUGAUACCCGCAGUCGUAAUGAUGAGCAUCUUUGCGGUCACGGGACUCAUCGGCAACGUUUUGGUGCUGGUUGUCUACUCCAGGAAGUUUCGACUCAACCCCACAAAAGUUCUCAUCAUGACCAUAGCCAGCUUUGAUCUCGUCGCCAAUGUUGGGGCUAUACCAA